AUUUGGUAUUACAGGUGAUGGGUUUCAUUAAACCAAUUGCAUCUAUCAAGAGGCUAUCUGUAUCGGUUAUGUUGGCACCAGAUCUGCCGUUAUGUGCAAUUGGUGAUGAAAAGAGACUCAUGCAAACUAUUCUGAACAUCUCUGGCAAUGCUGUAAAGUUUACCAAGGAGGGACACAUCACGCUUGUAGCUUCCAUUGUGAAGGCUGACUCUUUGAGAGAGUUCAGAACCCCAGAAUUUCAUCCAACUGCAAGUGAUGAACAUUUCUAUUUGAAAGUUCAGGUAAAAGAUACAGGCUGUGGAGUUAGUCCUCAGGAUCUACCUCAUGUAUUCACAAAGUUUGCUCAUCCUCAAAGUGGAGGAAACCGAGGGUUUAAUGGUAGUGGUCUUGGCCUUGCCAUAUGCAAGAGGUUUGUGAGUCUUAUGGGAGGGCACAUCUGGAUCGACAGCGAAGGAACCGGAAGAGGUUGCACCGCAACAUUUGUCAUCAAGCUGGGUGUGUGUGACAACACAAACACCUACCAGCAACAGCUGAUAAUGAAGUGCAUCUGAGCAUUUGAAACAAAUCUAGAUUCUAGCUCUAGCUAAGGUUAUACAGAUAUUGUGCUGAACCUUGAUGCUACUAUUAUGUGUAGUAAAAUUUUGGGGGUCGGAAUUGACCAAACUUAUGGAUUUAUUCAACGUUUCAAUUCAGUGACAAAUGCUACUAUUUUCUAUAUUCA